AUGCUUUUAGAACAUGUAAAAGCAGUAUCUUACUAUACAUAGAGAAAAAUUUUGAACUUUUAUUAAUGUCUACUUGUAUUAAUUUAUUCUAUAUUCCUUGGUUGCUUAAAAAAAAUUCAAUAUUAUGUUACACCAAACCCCUUUUAGGAAUUCUUGUUGAUUUCUAAGAAAUUUCUAUACUUUUUCCUACAUAGACUUAAAGACUUUGUUUUGUUCACACUUAUUUAGUCAACUUUAUCAUUUCUUUAUAUCUACAUGAAUCUUGAAAUGCAUUGGCACCAAAACCAUCAACAUUGUAAGAAAAUAAUUCAUAAUUGAAUGGCAUAUACCUUCAUAGAUGAUGAAGCAUCUUCAUCUUCAUCUUCUUCUUGUUGGAGUAACCAUGUUUUCUUGAGUUUUAGAGGCGAAGAUACUCGCCGAGGUUUCACCGAUCAUCUUUUUGCUUCAUUGGAAAGAAAAGGUAUCAAAACAUUUAAGGAUGAUUAUGAUCUUAAUAAGGGAGAAAAGAUAUCAAAUGAACUCAAUAAAGCCAUUGAAGAAUCUAUGUUUGCUAUCAUCAUUCUCUCACCAAACUAUGCUUCUUCAACAUGGUGUUUAGAUGAGCUACAAAAGAUUGUUGAAUGCAACAAAAGUUUUGGUCAAGCUGUUUUUCCAAUCUUCUAUGGUGUUGAUCCUUCUGAUGUUAGGAAUCAGAGAGGAAGCUUUGAUGAAGCUUUUAGAAAACAUGAAGAAAAAUUCAGAAAUGAUAGAAUGAAAGUGGAAAGGUGGAGAGAUGCUUUGAGAGAAGUUGCUAGUUACUCUGGCUGGGACUCCAAGGACAGGCAUGAGGCUUCCUUGGUGGAUACAGUAGUUGAACAUAUUCAGAAAAAAUUGAUUCCAAGAUUGAAGGUUAAAGAUAACCUUGUUGGAAUGGAUUCGCGGAUAAAGGAAGUAUAUUCGCUACUAGGAAUGGGAUUAAACGACGUUCGCUUCAUAGGCAUAUGGGGCAUGGGCGGCAUAGGAAAGACAACUGUUGCUAGAGAACUGUUUGAAACGAUCAAAGACAAAUUCAAGGUUAGUUGCUUUCUUGCAGACAUUAGAGAAACAGUUUCUAAGAUAAAUGGCUUAGUUCACAUCCAAAGUGAACUUCUUUCUCAUCUCGAUAUAAGAAGCAACGAUUUUUAUAACGUUUAUGAUGGAAAAAAGAUAUUAGCAAACUCCUUAAGAAACAAAAAGGUUCUUCUUGUUCUUGAUGAUGUAAGUGAAUUAAGCCAACUGGAGAAUUUAGCCGGGAAGCAAGAAUGGUUUGGUCCAGGAAGUAGAGUAAUAAUCACAAGUAGAGAUAAGCACUUAUUAAUAACACAUGGAGUGAAUGAAACUUAUAAGGCUCAAGGCUUAGUUAAAAAAGAAGCACUUAAGCUCUUUUGUUUGAAAGCAUUUAAAGAAAAUCAUCCUAAAGAAGAGUAUUUGAGUUUGUGUCAAGAAGUGGUUGAAUAUGUAAAAGGUCUUCCAUUAGCACUUGAUGUAUUGGGUUCACAUCUUUAUGGAAGAACUGUUGAGGUUUGGCAUAGUGCUUUAGAACAAAUAAGAAGUGUUCCUCAUUCCAAAAUCCAUGGUACAUUGAAAAUAAGCUAUGAUAGCUUACAAUCUAUGGAGAAAAAUAUGUUUCUAGAUAUUGCAUGUUUCUUCAAAGGAAUGGACAAAAAUGCAGUAAUAGAAAUAUUAGAAGAUUGUGGUGAUUAUCCAAAAAUUGGAAUUGAUAUUUUGAUUGAAAGAUCUUUGGUAACUUUUGAAAGAGGGAACAAUAAGUUGUGGAUGCAUGAUUUGCUUCAAGAAAUGGGAAGGAAUAUUGUGUUACAAGAAUCUCCGAAUGAUCCUGGAAAACGCAGUAGGUUAUGGUCUCAAAAAGACAUUGAUCAAGUAUUGAGAAAAAAUAAGGGAACUGAUAAAAUUCAAGGCAUAGCUAUGGACUUAGUUGAACCAUAUGAAGCAAGUUGGAACUAUGAAGCCUUCUCCAAAAUAAGUCAGCUAAGAUUUCUCAAAUUAUGUGAAAUAAAACUUCCCCUUGGCCUCAAUUGCUUGCCUAGUUCACUAAAAGUUCUUGAUUGGAGAGGUUGUCCUUUGAAAACUCUGCCACUCAAUAAUCAUUUGGAUGAAAUUGUUGAUCUCAAAUUGUCUCAUAGCAAAAUAGAACAACUUUGGCAUGGAACACAGUUUCUUGAAAAUCUGAAUUCCAUCAACUUGAGCUUUUCGAUGUCUCUAAAGCGAUCGCCGGACUUUGUUGGUGUUCCAAAUCUUGAAUCAUUGGUUCUUGAUGGUUGUACAAGCUUAACUGAGAUUCAUCCCUCCCUUUUAAGCCACAAGAAACUUGUUCUAUUGAAUUUGAAAGGUUGCAAAAAGCUCAAAACUCUUCCAUGUAAAAUAGAGAUGAGUUCCGUGAAGGUUUUACUUCUUUCUGGUUGCUGUGAAUUUAAACAUCUUCCGGAGUUCAAUGAAAGCAUGAAAAAUCUAUCACAGCUUUAUUUAGAAGAGACUGCUAUAACAAAACUACCAUCUUCACUUGGAUUUCUUGAAUCUCUUACUCUUUUGGAUUUAGAAAAUUGCAAGAAUCUUGUUUGUCUUCCAGAUACAAUAUGUGAGUUGAAGUCCCUCUUAACUCUAAAUGUUUCUGGCUGCUCGAAAAUCCGUAGUUUUCCAGAAGGUCUAAAAGAAAUCAAGUCUUUAGAGGAACUUUUGGCAAAUGAAACUGCUAUUGAAGAACUACCUUCAUCGGUUUUUUAUCUUGAAAACCUCAAAGUAAUAUCAUUUUCUGGAUGCAAAGGAGUAGUUUCCAAGUCAGUGAAUACAUUUUUUCUACCCUUUUCACAGCUACUAGGUAGUCCACAAGAACCUACUGGAUUUAGAUUGCCACCUAAGUUAUAUCUACCCUCUUUGGUGAAAUUAAAUUUAAGUUAUUGCAAUCUAUCUGAAAAAUCAAUGCCAAAAGAUUUUGCCAACUUAUCUUCCUUGAUUGCUUUGAAUCUCGACGGAAACAAUUUUGUUAGUACACCAAGUUGCAUUUCACAACUUCCAAAGCUUGAAUAUCUUGGCCUAAACUGCUGUGAAAUGCUUCAGACGUUGUCAGAGUUUCAAUCAAGUAUGAGGUUAUUGGAUGCAAGUAAUUGUGGUUCGUUUGAAACUUCCAAAUCCAAUCUAUCUAGACCAUGCAGUCUCUUUGCUACGCGUCCACAACGACACUCACAUUUACCAAUAGUACUGGAGAGCUUUCUGAAGGCACAUGAACUUGGUCUACCUAAAGCAAGAUUUGACAUGCUUAUCACAGGGAGUGAAAUUCCUUCAUGGUUUACACCUUCAAAAUAUGUUAGUUGGACACAUAUGCCAGUCCCUCAUGAGUAUCCUCCAACUGAAUGGGUAGGACUUGCUUUGUGUUUUAUGUUGAUUAGUUUUUAUAAUCAACCUGAGUUGUGUGAUCAUGAAGUAACUUGUUACUUGUUUGGACCCAACGGUAAGUUGUUUAUCAAAAGCCGGCAUUUAUCUCCUAUGGAACCCUAUGUCCCUCACCUUUAUAUUCUCUAUCUGUCCAUCGAAGAAUGUCGUGAGAGAUUUUGUGAAGGUGGUGACUGCAGUCAAAUUGAAUUUGUCUUGAAAACUUACUGUUGUGAUGCAUUGCAAGUAAAAAGGUGCGGUUCUCGCUUGGUAUGCAAGCAAGAUGUUGAAGAUGUUUACAAAAAUUAUUGCUAGAUUCUUUUAAUAAUUUGUGAGCCUUAUUGCAUGUACUUCAUAAACUUAUAAUUCUCCAUUUCGUAUUCGUUUUAUUUUGUCUUUGUUGAGAGGAUUGAUACUUUAUGAGAAGCAAGAUAUUAAACUUCACUCAUA